AUGGAAAUUGAAAUAUUAAAUGAUAUUUUUCAAAUUCCACCUGCACUUUUUAUGUUGGACGAUUUGGAUGCUAGUUUUUCUGAAAGUGAAGGAUACGUUAGCGAAGAAGUCAAUAGAAAUUAUGAUGACGAUGAUGAUGAUGAUGAUGAUGAUAGUAAUAUUGAUGUCAUUGAUUUUGAUUCACAAGACACGGACUCAGGAUUAACCUAUGAAUCAAGUUUUGAUUCAUCUUCUUAUGGAACAUUUUCAAGUGAUAUGGAUAUUGGCUUUUAUUUUAAUUCUUCGGAUGAUGAUUCUUCCUUGUCUACUGGUAUGAUGCGCUACCAAGAUUAUUUUUAUGUGGAGGAUGAUGAUUUCUUUUCUUUCGAAAGAAACUCAGAAUCAUCUGUUGUUCUUGAUAGAUUGGAUACUCAUAGUUUGUCUAACGUGCCUACGGAAGAUGAAAUUUCUGAAGAAAUAGGAAUGGAAGUUAACGAAGGUUUAUUUUUCUCGGAAGAUGGAGAUGCCGACGAUGAAUAUGAAAUUGAAGAACACUGUGUAGAUUAUUAA